AUGAGGCUUCUCAACGUAGGAACGAAACAGCUGAAAGACUUCAUGGGCGAUGACAACAUCCCUGAAUAUGCAAUCCUAUCUCACACGUGGGGAGAAGACGAAGUUACGUUCGAUGGCCUCCUUGACCUUUUCGUGAAAAGCAAAUUAGGAUAUACCAAAAUUGACUAUUGUUGCCAACAGGCUCUGGAGGAUGGGCUCGAGUGGGUUUGGAUUGAUACUUGCUGUAUAGACAAAUCAAGCAGUGCCGAGCUUUCGGAAGCCAUCAAUUCUAUGUUUCGAUGGUAUCAGAAUGCGGUUUGUUGCUAUGUAUACUUGUCUGAUUAUUUCCAAUCUACUGGAUCCGAUGAGGUUGGAAACGCUUCGGGAUUCGCGAAUUGUCGCUGGUUCACUCGAGGAUGGACUCUACAGGAGCUUCUUGCUCCUAAGACUGUGCUGUUCUACUCACGAACUUGGAUUUAUCUGGGAUCUAAAGACACGCUCUGUAAGACGCUUUCGGAAAUCACUGGCAUAGAACGAGAAACGCUGGAGGGCGAGGCCUUGAAUAGGACAAGUAUCGCAAGGAGGAUGUAUUGGGCUGCAGGAAGAGUAACCACAAGGACCGAGGAUCUCGCCUACUGCCUACUUGGUAUAUUCGACGUGAACAUGCCUUUGUUAUACGGAGAAGGCGAAAAAGCAUUCUUCCGCUUGCAAGAAGAAAUUAUAAAAUCAUCCUCGGACCAGUCAUUGUUUGCUUGG